GAACAGAUAAAAAGACAGAAACAGGAAAGGUGACCCUGGUUUUGAUUCGCAUGUACAGAACAGACGAUUCCUCCGCCUCCAUGAUUUGAUCCUGCCUGUUCAGCACGUUGGUCAGCUCUCACCCUGUGUCUUAAAUUGUGCUAUGGAAAUAAAGUUGGUAUUGUAUGGGCUGCCCAGCUGCAGCCAUGUCUGCCAUAUAUUCAGGGAUUUACCUGAAGCUGAAGAAUCCACAGACUUCUUGGGAGGACAGGUUGAAGCUGGCGCGGUUUGCCUGGAUCUCCUCUCAGUGCCUGCUGCCCAACAAAGAACAAGUGUUGUUGGACUGGUGCACUCAUGCCCUCACGGGUUGGCACAGUAAGAAGGUAGAUUUCUCACAGGAAGUGCUGGAAGGUUUGUGGUGCUACCUGGAUGAUGUGCUCCACAGCAGAAAGCUGCUUUCUUUCCUCAAGCAGGGAGCUACCAUCACUCUGAGGCUCAACAUGGCACAGCUGCUGCUGGACCAUCUGCAGGAGUGUGCACACGAUCGCCUAUCGGUGUCCGUGUCCACCGUAAUGAGUGUGUGUCGGGGAAUUCUUUCUUCUCCUGCACUUUCAUCUGUUUUCACCACAAAAUAUGAACUAAUGGUCAGUCUACUGGGCAGAUUCUGCCUAUUGGCUAGUCAUGAGAUACAGAAGCUCAGAACAGUCCAAGUGACUAAAUCACGCACAUGCAGAGCUGAACUGAUGGAGCGUCUGCAGAUUGAACCUGAGAGUCAGUCAGUGCCACCGGGGAUAAAGGCCAACCACUCAAAGAUAAACCACCUCUCAAAUAAUGUAUUUGAAGUGUUGCUUCAGGUGCUGUCAUGUUAUUCGUCAGUGCAGCACCAACAAGCCAACCCCAACAGAGUCUUCACUUUGUUCACCAACCAGCUCAUCCAGCCGUUAAUGCUGCUCAGAUACCUGUUAACCUCGCAGGACUUCACUGCUUCUCUCUCACACCUGCAGCUCCGUCUGCAGCUACGCCGAGACCUUCGCUCCAAGAUCGACUCCGUCCUGCAGUCAGCCCUCUUCCCCUCCGAACACUUUCCUUCCUACAAGGCAGAACUUUUCCCAUCCAAGGAGGACUCUGUGAAACAUGGUUCUGGGGGCUCUAAGGGGCCUUUGAAGCCUGUUAGUGCUUUACUCAGCAAACUGAAAGCCACAGGUUACUGCGAGCAGUCUCUGCUCUACCCAUUGAAAUGUGAAGCCUCAUCUCUGCUGUUCAGUUUUUUUCUGGAAAGCUAUGGGAAAUGGAAAGGAGAAAGUGAGGAGGAGUGCAAAAUGCUGUGUUUUUACUUCCUCGUCAGAUUGGUCCCAACGUUAGAUCUUUAUCCUGAGGGAUCCUCGGUUGAACCGAACAAAGCAGAGCAGCGAGACUCUGAUUCCUCAGAGGAGAAGUCUCUCCCAGACUCAUCCUGGAGUCUGGCUCUGCAGGCCGUGGAGUCCCUGUUAAGCCAGUCUCUGUCAGCAGGCGUCUAUAAUGUAGCUGCAGACAGAAUAAGACACGGCGAGGUCCAGCUGAGGUUUUUUAGGUGCUUGGUCCAGAUGAUCCUAAAAGAAGCCCGUCCGAGCAUAUCAUCCUGGUACCGCUGCUUAAAGGUACUUUUGAGUCUCAAUCAUCUGCUUAUUGAGCCAGACUUGGACCAGCUGUUGAUCUCGGCUUGGGUGGACGCUGAAGACGUGAAUUCACAAGUGCAACGUGCCAGACAGAAUUUGGUAUGCAGCCUUCUCCAGACCUACACUAAGCUCCGUCAGCUGCCUCGCCUCUUCUCUGUCCUGCUGUCUGUGAUCUGUCAGCCAGCUCGGGAUGACCGCCAUCCUCCUCUGCUGUCUGAGGGCAUCUCCAGAUCCCUUAGAACCUGUCUUCUGGAUACGCCGUCCUCUCAGGUUUUAGAAAUCUGCUCAUCUGUGUUGAAGAGCAUCAGGACAUGUGUGCUACCUGACUUAGUGUCAGAGCAAAGAGAGGUAGAGAAGAUGGAGAUCGACAGUGAGAACAGAGCUGAACAGAGAGAAGACGCGUCUCUGAAGCUCUCCGGUCUCAGUCAGCUGCUUCAUGUUGUUUUAUUUAGCCUGAAGACUCUGGAUAAUUCAUCCCCUGUUCCUUUAGUCAGGCAGAGCAAAGCCUUCAUGGAGGAAAUGCAGCAGACAAUCAGAGAGAUAUUUGAUCUUUUACUGGGGAACAGAGCUUCUUCAGCUCUAAAGAUUCCUAAGAAAGGGAAAAAGAAUCGGAGGUCAGAAAACAUUUCUAAGUCCCAAACAGCCACAGUCUGGGAACAGAAGGCACAAGAGGCCCUUCUCCUGCUCAGAUACACCUGGGUAGAAGUAGACACACUCUUCCAUCUCCACUGCAGUAAAUACACAUCAGUUGACUCAUUCCUGACCGCAGCUGAGAUUGACACUGAAGCUUCCUCCAGUUCUCCAGUCUUUGUCCACAUGGAGAGUCUCUUAUCAGGUUCAAUCAUACCUUCUCUCCAUCCUUCACCCCUCUGCAGCCCCAUGAGCUGUUUGCUGCUUAAACUCCUCACCCUACAGCAGAUGAAAAAAGUUAUAGUAGAUUGUGCUUUGCUUGGUCGAAGCAGCUCCGCAGCACUGCUGAGCAAGUCGGCCCAGUUUAUCGUAGCUAAGUCGGAGCACGCUGGGACUCCGGAUGGAGAGCAGAGUUGGGACGGUCAGAUAUGCUGUGUUAAUGCAAAUAAUUACCCAGUAGCACACUGGCAUCUAGUCAUAUCAAAUCUACCUCUGAUUGGUUCCCACCUGAGUGGCGACGACGUCAGACAUGUAGCACAUGUGCUUGUAAGUUCUUUGUUGAAAACACAGACAGAAGGGUCUGAGGAUCAUGCACCUGGAAGUCUGACUUUCUCCCUCGCAUCGUCUCAACUCGCUCUGAACUCCGUUUUUCCAGAGUUGGCUCCUCUUUUUUCUGCCACCAUUCGCUCCCUCACACAGAGGAUUAUCAGUUUGCUCGAGGCAGGAUGCUCACCAAAGGGUUGUCCCAAGUUUAUGAGAGUUCACAGGAAGGAAGCUGGAGGGAUUCCUUCAGAGGGUGAUGUUGUUCAGCCUGUUUUCUCACAGGAGACUAAAGAGGCCAUAAUCGAGGAUGUUAUGACAUCUUCUGAGACUGGAGAGAUGCUCGUGCUGCUGACAGAUGCACAGAUCACAGAGCUGGGUAACCUGAUACAAAUCUUAACAAACCUAAAUACAGAGGGGAUGAGUCCUGAUGAUCUUUCCUCCAUCUUCCUGCUGCUCCUCGUCACGUUCACCUCCACCUCCAGACAGCUUGACAAGGUGGUUCCUCCUGAAACGGGAGGUGAUCCUCUGCUCUUAGGAAGGCUGCUCAGAGCUCUGACUCUUCUCAUUGAAGAGAGUAGCUUCCAGAGUGUUUUGAAGCUCGUACAUGGUGGCACUCUGUUGCGGGCCGCUUUAUCAUCUCUCCUCUGGCACAGCAGCUCCACAAAACCCGAGGAAACAUGGCGAACCGAUUGGCUCGACUUGGUUAAAGCAGCUCAGGGCUUCACAAGAUCUUUAGUCAAUCUGAUAAUAAUCAGAAACAGCAGCGUUAGACUCAACCUGGACCAAUUUGCAUCCUUUCUAACCAGUAAGGAAAUGGCAGCCAGACAGAUUGUGUUACCUGGUUCAGGAGCAUCUGUGUUUUCUGUCCACCUGCUGCUGACAUCUCUGACGUCCUUCUCCCAGACAAUCACAACUAAUUUAGGCAGAAGUAAGCCAAUGGAUGAAACUUUAAUCCAGAUGCUUGCUAGAAUAACCUCUUCACUCGGACCUGCUGUUGAAACCUUCCUGAAGACCAACUGCAAUGCAGCUGACCAACCAGCCUCCACUCCCACUCAAGCUUACGUCGUGGAGGUUGUGACAGCCGUGCUGGACUGUGAGCUGGCGUCCUUAUCGGUGGACGUAGAGGGCAGACAGAAUAACACCCAGCUAGCCCAUAUGACUCUCUAUCAGGUCGUCUGUCAACAGAUUCUUAGAGAAAUGAGCUCCGCUCCAAGGCCCAUGGACUUCCUGAUCUCCUCUCUCCAUUUCCUGUCUGCUUUUUACAAAGCCCUGGUGAAGACGAGAGCAGAUGAGGAGAUGGAGCAGCUGUAUGUCCAAAUACUGCAAAAUGUGCUCAGACUUCUAAAAGCUUCUUGGCUGUCAUCUGCUGAUGUCGGGAAACUGGAGCCAGGAGUGCAGGAGCUGUUGCGCCACCUGGUGGAGAAAAGCACCAUAAUUCAGUUCAACUUGCUUCUGCUGAUGAUCCGAGAAGGGCUGGACAUCAGCAAGCUCCGGGCUGGGAACUACAGGGAGGUGCUGUCAGCGGUGAUUGCCGUUAAGCUGCUGUCCAGUUGUCAGCUACCUGAGCCUUGCUCCAAAGCUCUGUGGCUCACUGCACCUCAGAUCCUUUCUGCUAUGGUGUUUUUGGUUCGAUCAUCCAGUCAGGAUGCCUCCCUCACCCUUCCUUUUACUGUUCCCGCUGUUGCAUCGAUGACAUCAUUAUUGCGCCAGGGGGAGGGGCUCAUUAACAACCCUCAUCACGUGAUUUUGAUUCUCAGCGCGCUCCAGUCGCUGCCCCUCGACCACCUGGCUCCGCCCAUUUACCACUCUGCUUUCUUGGCUGUCCACGAGGCGCUGUUCACCAUCAUCCAGUGUCACCCUCAGGUGGUUUCUACAGCAGCUCCGUCCUUCUUGAAUGUUUUCUAUCGUUUGGUGGCAUCUAUCAUGCAGGAGGGUCGUCAGAAAGGAGACGCUGACACCGGCGUGGACAGUGAUGUGUAUUUGCAGUGCUCCAGACUCGUAGAGAGGAUGUACUCUCACAUUGCUGCUGCAGCUGAGAGCUUCACUGCACUGCCAGCCUUCAUGGUGGCUCAAUAUGUCACAGAGCUGCAGAAGGUUACUCUGCGACCCGACAUCAAACUGCACCUGACGGAGGGCGUCUACUGCAUACUGGACCUGUGCAUGGAGCAGGAUAUCAAGUUCCUGAAGGCGGGGCUGAACAUGGGGGUCAGAGAGGUGUUCAACGAGCUGCACGGCAGCUACGUCCACUACCACAAACCACAGAGACAAGGAGAGGACAAGUACACUGUCUGAUCUGACAAAAGCAUACAUAUUUUACACUCUCCUCAUUAGAUAUUCUGAUUUUGAAUGGCGAAUGAGGACAUCAUAACAGCUGUGGACAGCAUUUAAUUUGCUGAUGAAUCAUUUUGCUCUAAAGAUAGAAUAUGCUGGUAAAUUUGUUCAUUUAUAGGAUUAUGCAGUUUGUACUUUUAAUUAGCACCAAACCUUUAAAAUACUAUUACUUUCUGUGUUUCCUGUUUUAAUUGUACUUUGUGCAAAUUUUUUUUCAUAUAAACAGUCUAUUAUCAUUCAAAGGUUGAUGCCCGCAUGCUUUAAACCAAGCCUGGUGUUCCUGAAAACACUUGAGCCUUUUUAAAGGUUGGUCGUUAAACUCUGUUAAGGAGCCGCCGUAAUUCUGUUUGUGUUUACUCUCCUUUGGUUUUCCAUAUGAAGACGCAGCUUGAUCUUCAAAACCCUGGUUUGAACCAGGUAAUUUAAGCUUUCUUCUCUAAAGCAGAUGGCUGGAUUUUUCUGACCUUGGUGUGUGAAAUCUGGCAGUUUCUAAAUGUAGUCACAGGAAAUGCAACAGAACUAAUUUAAAACUGAUACAACCCUUUAUCGUGUCGGGUAAUGGAUCCAUCCACACUUCUCAAACCCGUAGCGUAAACACGGCGCUGAAGGCGCGACAAACCACCGCCUGCAAAAACACGUUCCUGUUGUAAAUGCUGACUCAUCCUCAUAUUCACACAGGUCAGACCAUCUGCUGUGAUUUAGCUGCUCAGGUGAGUCUGCUGGCUGCAUCUCUGGUAAACUGCUCAUAGUAAAAUAAAGAUGUUAUUUGUUUCCCAGAUGAUUUCUAUUCCGCGUUUAUAAAAGUUUUAAAGUAACUAAAUCUAAUGUUUGUAAAACAAUGAAAAAUGCCUUGAUGAGUAUCAGUUCGUCCUUUAAUCUGCUGUUUUUUAAAUGCGCCAUAUAAAUAAAAUUGGUAUGGUUAAUCUGUCAUGCAGUGAAGUUGAAUUGAAACAAAAAUAAAAGGCUUCAGCAUCUUUUAUGCUGAAGAAGAGUGUCAGAGGUCACAAAACAAGCUGCACAAGUUAUGACUGGACCUAUGAAGUACUCUAGAGUACUGGUCAGGAGGGAGUCGCCUGACUGUUAAAACUAAAGGAGUAAUCUGAGCAAGACCUAAGAAAAAUUAGUUUUCAGCUCUAAUAAAAGGAGUUGACUGUUGGUUACUCAACUUUUAACAUUAUGAAACAUAUCACUGUAGCAUGUGUAUGUUUUCCUCAUUUAAUUAAUCCGUUUUAUUAAAUAAACAUGCAUUUUAAAGUUUGGCUUCCCCCCUUCUGUUUUGGCAGCACUGCAAAAGAUUUAGGCUUUUAUUAAGACAUGGCAGUCCUAUUAACGGUUUCUAUUAAAUGUAAUGAAAUCUUUUUGUUAGCAUUCUUUACAGUUGUUUCAAUAUCACUUUUCAUAUACAGCACGAGGGUGAUAGUUCAACAAUAACUGAUACAGAAAGAAAAAUGAUUUAAUCCCAUUACAAUAGAAAAAUAAAUGACAAUAAUGUAUGUAUUAAAGCUGAUACAACAGUGCCAAUGUCUGUUUCUUCAGCUAGUCGUAAAAAAUGUAAACUGUUAAAGUCCAUUCAGAUUCUCUGAAACCAACAGUUUGUCCUUCCUGGGGAAUAAUCAUCCUCUUGAUUCAUCAUCACACCACAAAACACAAACUUUUUAUCUUUUAUUCCAAGCAUCAGGAGGUUUUACGAAACCCUUUCUCCUCAGCAGAUGUUGAAAGGUGUGAGUUUAAAGUGUGAGAUUUAUGUUUUUCUGCCACUUCGACUCAGAUUAAGAAGACUUGUGAUCUGAAUCAUUUUGUGUUAUAUUUGUACUGAUGCUCCUUGUGAAAAAAAAUUACAGAUUUAUAGAGAAAUAAUGGCAGUAGCAUUUUAGAAUCACUUCUCCAGCGUCCUUAUAAAACCCACCAUCUGCUUUUUUCUGAUUAAUGUUUUUCUGUUGCGAACCUGCAAUUUCAUAUAAGUGAGUGGAAUACAGACUUGUUUUUUAUCUGAAGUUUCUGUAUAAUUCAUGGCGGUGUUGCUAACAGCCUUUUCUUGUUUUAAGCGUGAUUCGGUCCCAAGCUCUGCUGCUAGGAUUUAUUAAAAUCUGUUUAUUCUGGCUUUCAGGUUGGUUUUAAUGAUAUUUAUGUUUCAGAGCUCGUUGUGGUCAGACUCCUCUUAAGUUGUUUAUCUUUUUAUAACCUCUCUGGAUCUUUCACAUCACAAACUUCCAUCUCUUCCAGACUCUCAGCUGGAAAAAACUGCUAAAUAAGGACCCAAAAUAUCAAUUCAAACCUGUUUUUUCAAGUUUUAUUGAUUUUUAUGUCAUUUUGAUAUGAAUUUUUGCUUCAGUUGCUGUAGAUUGUGUGUGAUCGCUGUUUUGAGACAUUCAAACCAAAAAAAAAAUAAAAUAGAUACUUUUAGCUUUCUGUUACUAAGAUAUACAUUUUCCCACCCCUGCAAGACUAAGUGACUCCCAUCCAUUCAGGCUCCAACAGCACUGUGGGUAACAUGAAUGCACUUCUCAUUACCGAUGAAUACAUGCAGCAUUUUCUUCACCUCAGAAGUAAGAAUAAAAUAUAUUUUAGCUUCAGUUUUCUGGUUUCCAAUUGGUAUGAAGUUGUAAAAUAAAGUCUAGAGAAUUGUUCAGUGA